CCCUCCCCACUUCCCUCCUCAGAUAGUCAGAUCCCGAUCUCCGCCCCCGCUCCGCCGGCCACCGAUCCAUGGCGUCCUCGUCGCCGUCGAGGCCGCCGCCACCAUUCGCGCCGCAAAACCCUACCCCGGCGUCCGGGCCACUCGCGGGGCCAUUCGCCAACAUGCAGAUCUCCCGCGCGGGCGCGGCUGCCCCGGCCUUCGCCGGCGGCCCUCCCGGGAGCGGCCCCGCGCCGCCCUCGGCGAUCCGCGCGCCCCAGGGCCCCCCGCCGCCCGGAGCCCGGCCGUUCCCCGGCAGCCCGCCGCCCCCCUCGCAGCCGCCUCCGCCGUUCGCCCGGCCUGGCGCGCCGUUGCAGCAGCAGCUGCAGCAGUCCCCGCCUCCCUUCGGCGGCCCGCCAACCGCUCUGGCUUCGCAGCCGCAGCCGCAGCCGCAGCAGCAGCCGGCGUUCAGUGGACCGCCGUCCGGCCCGACGCCGCAGGUGCAGCGGGCGCCCUUCGGUGGGCCGCCCCCGGGAGUGUCGCAGCAUCCUCCGCCGUUCGGUGGGCCGCCCUCUGGAGUGUCGCAGCAGCCUCCACCGUUCGGCGGGGUGCCGGCCACUGCGGCGUCUCGGCCGGCUCCGUUCAGUGGGCCACCGGGAGUGGCGUCUCAGCCGCUGCAGCCUGCAGCGGUGCCACAGCGUUCCCCUUUCGGCGGACCUCCUGCAGCAGUGUCAGCUCAACCCACUCCAAUCGGCGGGGGCUCGUUUACUGCUGCUCAGGCACCACUGUUCGGUGGGCCGCCGGGGUCAGUGCCUCAGACGGCACCUGGUGGUGGGUUGAGACCGCCCUUUGGAGGCCCACCAGCGCCAUCGCAGCAGGUGCAGUUUGGUGCGCCGCCGCUGUUCGGCGGACCAAGUGCAGUUCGGCCAGGUUCGCAGCCUCCACCAUUUGGUGCAUCUCAGGCACCACCAUUCAUGGGUCCUACAGGGGGUAAUGCACCAACCUUUGCCCCUCCGGCCUGGCAGGGCCAGGCACGACCAGGAGCUGUUCCUGGCGGUAUGCAACCAUCUAUGAGAAUGCCUGGCAUGCCUGGUGUUAUGCCACCCAAUGCACUUGGCCAGGGGAUGUCACCUGCAUCAACACCCACCAUGCCAUACUCCCCCCAUGCCCAGGUCUCAACCCCAUCCAAAAUUGAUCCUCAUCAAAUUCCACGGCCAAUUCCGGAGACAUCGGUCAUCAUCUUUGAGACCCGGCAAGGUGGACAAGCUGCUAUCCCACCGGCUGCCUCCAGUGAAUUCAUUGUGAAGGACACUGGCAAUUGCAGCCCCCGUUUGAUGAGAUGCACAAUGAAUCAGAUACCAUGUACAGGCGAUCUCUUGACAACAUCAGGAAUGCCAUUGGCCUUGUUGGUACAGCCUUUUGCUCUUCCUCAUCCAUCUGAGGAACCUAUCCAGCUUGUGGAUUUUGGAGAGAUGGGCCCCAUCAGGUGUUCGCGCUGUAAAGCAUACAUAAAUCCAUUCAUGAGAUUCGUUGACCAAGGGAAACACUUUAUAUGUAACUUAUGUGGAUUUAGCAAUGAUACUCCAAGGGAGUACUUCUGCAACUUGGGCCCUGAUGGUAGGCGACGUGAUGCUGAUGAAAGGCCUGAGUUGUGUAGAGGAUCCGUUGAAUUUGUUGCUACCAAGGAGUUUCUGGUCCGUGACCCAAUGCCUGCUGUAUAUUUCUUUCUUGUUGAUGUCUCCAUGAAUGCUGUGCAUACUGGUGCAACAGCUGCAGCCUGCAGUGCAAUUUCCCAGGCUCUUUCAGACUUUCCUGAAGGCCCUCGAACUAUGGUUGGAAUUGCUACAUUCGAUUCUGCUAUUCACUUCUACAGCCUGAAACGUGCUCAACAACAGCCUUUGAUGCUUAUUGUUCCUGAUGUCCAAGAUGUGUACACUCCGCUUCAAACGGACCUCAUUCUCCCCAUGUCGGAGUGCCGUGAGAAUUUGGAGCAACUUCUGGAGAGCAUCCCAAUCAUGUUUGAAAACAACAGGGUUGCUGAUUCGGCAUUUGGUGCUGCUAUGAAGGCAAGUUUUCUAGCUAUGAAGUCCACUGGUGGAAAGUUGCUUGUAUUCCAGUCAGUGCUAACAUCCUUAGGAAUAGGUUCAUUGUCUGCUAGGGAAGCUGAAGGUAGAUCAAAUAUUUCAACUGGAGACAAGGAGGCGCAUAAGCUUCUUCAGCCUGUUGAUAAGACUCUCAAGACAAUGGCACUAGAAUUUGCUGAGUACCAAGUUUGUGUAGAUGUGUUCCUUAGCACGCAAUCAUAUGUAGAUAUUGCUUCAAUAUCAGUUGUUCCCAAUACAACUGGUGGCCGGGUUUACUACUAUUACCCAUUUUCUGCUCUCUCUGAUCCAGCCAAGCUGUAUAAUGAUCUUAGAUGGAAUAUUAGUAGACCACAGGGUUUUGAGGCUGUCAUGCGCGUCAGGUGUAGUCAGGGGCUUCAAGUUCAAGACUACUUCGGCAAUUUCUGCAAGCGUGUUCCUACUGAUAUCGAUCUUCCUGCGAUUGACUCAGACAAAGCUAUAAUGGUUACAUUUAAGCACGAUGACAAAUUGCAGGAGAAUUCAGAAUGUGCUUUCCAGUGCGCACUUCUUUACACGACAGUUUUUGGGCAAAGAAGGAUACGGGUCAUAAACCUUUCCCUUUCAUGCACAAAUAUGCUCAGUAACCUUUUCCGAUAUGCUGAUCUGGAAACACAAUUCACAUAUGUAGUAAAGCAAGCUGCAAAAGGCAUUCCAUCAUUACCUCUUUCUCAAGUUAGGGACCAAGUAACAAGUACAUGUAUCAAUAUCCUCCAGUCGUACCGAAAGUAUUGUGCAUCUGUAAGUUCUUCUGGGCAAUUGAUUCUUCCGGAGGCUCUGAAACUUCUACCAUUGUAUACUCUAGCUUUAACUAAAAGUGUGGGAUUGCGCAAUGAUGGGAGAUUGGAUGAUCGGUCCUAUUGGACCUCUAUUGUAUCUUCAAUUUCUGUGUUAUUAGCUAUUCCGUUGGUGUUUCCUAGGAUGAUUGCCCUCCAUGAUCUUACAUCAAGGGAAGAUGAUGAUUCCCUUAUACCGAGUCCCCUUACACUCAAUAGCGAGAAUAUACAUGAUGAUGGAGUUUAUUUGUUAGAAAAUGGUGAGGAUGGUUUUAUUUAUGUCGGAAAUUCUGUCAACCCUGUGACCCUAGAGCAAAUAUUCGGUGUCUCGUCUUUGGCUGGAGUACCAAAUCAGUUGGUACUGGAGCCAUUUGAUAAUGAACUCUCCCGGAAAGUAAAUGAAGUGGUGAAUGAAAUAAGGCGUCAGAGAUGCUCUUACUUGAGAUUGAGACUAUGUAAAAAGGGUGACCCAUCUGGAGAUUUCUUCCGAUCACUAUUAGUUGAGGACAAGGCACCAGGCGGUCUUUCCUAUGUUGAGUUUCUUGUACAUGUGCACAGGCAAAUCCAAAGCAAGAUGACGUGAGAUGACCCCCACAUUGUUGUAACAUUUUGGUCAGUAGGAAUCCAGAACAAAAUUGAUUUUGCAUGAGGAUAAAACAUAAAUGAAUGAAAAGGACUCUCCAAUCAGUGCAACCUAAUUCUCACCUGGAGACAUGAUUCUGCAUCCAAUUACAACAGUCGGUUUUGGCGUAGGCGAUAUAUGUUUCUGUACAGAGAUGAGUGGACUUUCCUGUCCUCAAUUUUGAAAGUAUUUAUUAUUGUAAACAGCGGCUGUAUUUUGUCGAGAGGAAGCUUAUAGUGGCUGGGCAAUAAUGUUGUAUGUUUAGCCGUGGGAGUCGUAUUGGUUGUAAAUGAGCGGAAGUCGUAUUGGUUGUAAAUGAGCGGAAGUCGUAUUGGUUGUAAAUGAGCGGAAGUAUUGAUUCGCAAGUGACAUGAAUAUCAUGGUUAACAUUCUUUUUGGCCACAUAGUCAGACGUCAUAUUUACAAGGAAAAAGUUCAUUUUUGACAA